AUGGAGACAACUUUGGAUGCGUCCUUAGUGGCGCAAUCCAUAAACUACCAUGGGCAGCAGUUACAGAAGACAUGGGAGUCUGAGCGAGGGGAAGAAGACUUGUCGAAGAUUGGCGUGGGUGGUUUAGAUUUUGCCGUGUACCAGUCGAGACACAAACAUCUUACAUUUCAAGACCGUAGCAAACGUUUAAAGCUUCAUCAGUUCAUUGCUAAAGAAGCCAACGCGUUGUUCGACUCUUCAAUCAUGGAGGAAACGCCAUCAUCAUCCAGCUUGGGCGUUGAUGCGAUAACGCCAGAAGACAAUAUGUACGCUCUGAUGCCACCUUUUGAAACAUUUUUAAAUGUUGAUAAAUCUGCAAGAUUAAGACAUUUCUUUGAGAAUGUCAAAACAGGAGAAUUGAUAAUUGGAGCUGUCAUCAACAGGACUCAAUCGGGGAUUAUGCUCAAGGUGUUGUGUACUGCUGGCCCUACCUCAAGACUUGUAGCAGAUAUCAAUGUGAAGGCCUUCCUACCUGUUGCAAAUAUCAUACCAGCGGUUGACAAGAAAAAUGUAUCAAGAAACUACCUGAUGAAUGACACAGUCUGCUGUGAAGUGAUAGAAGUUAUCCCUGAUACGGACAAAAUGGUGUGCGGCAUGAAAGGAGUUACUCGGGGCCCAGACGACCCACCGCCCAAGCCUCCCCUUGGUCUCCUCAGCACUGACGACUUUCCACUAAUUUACAAGAAAACAUUGGAUAUGAAGGGGGAAAGUUAUGAAGCCAUUUUAGAGAAGAGCCCUGGCUUCAAUAACCCUAACUGCGUCCAAUAUCUCUCUGAACUCCUUGGAAUAGCUAACAUGCAUUGCACGAAUUUUGCAUCACUAAGAGGAGGAUUCCCAACAACAGAAUAUGCAGAUGAACUACGUCAGGCACAAGCCAGCAAGUGGGCAUUCCGCUCUGUAGCAGAAGGUAUAGAACACUUCAAAGCUGGCAGACAUUCAGAAGCAUUCCAAUGCCUCAAUAAGGCACUAAGUAUUGACCCAAGAAAUGUUGAAGGGCUUGUUGCCAGAGGUGCUUUAUAUGCCAAUAGUGGAACAUUUAAAAAAGCCAUUGAAGAUUUCGAGACUUCUUUGAAAUUAAAUCCUAAUCAUGCUAAUGCUCGGAAAUAUUUGGGAGAAACUUUAGUAGCCUUGGGACGCAGCUAUGAAGAUGAGAACAAAAUAACAGAAGCACAAAAGGCAUAUGAAGACUGUUUAGCUAUCAUACCAUUUCAUGAAGAAGCUCAAAAUUCUUUGGAUUUCCUCAAGAGCAAAACGUCUACAGCAAAACCCCUAAUAGAACCUGCAGAGCUGUUGCUGCCUGGUCUUACAGGAGCAAAGUCAUUUGAAAUGAAAGAAACACUGAAGCAGUUGCUUAAUCUAACAGAAAAAAAGGAUAAGAAGAAAAAGAAAAAACGUGGAAAGGGAAAAAAGAAGAGAUCCAGUAGUUCAUCAUCAUCAUCGAGUGACUCUACAAGUUCAAGUUCUUCAUCAGAAUCGUCGUCGUCAUCUUCUGAUACCAGUGAUUCUGAAGGUCCCAACCGCAAGAAAAAAAGGCGUUCGCAGUCCAACAGUAAACGGCAGCGCUCCCUGUCGCCGCUAAGUAAACGCAUGGCCAUCCUGGGUGAUGCCGACUCAGCUUCCCGCACGCAUAACUCGCAGUUUAACCAUCCUUAUGGUUAUCAACCACCUCCACCACCUGUAGAAGAACCUAACAAUGUGCCAAUCCGGUCUCAAGCUGAUAUAGAUUAUGAAAUGAAGGUGCGCAAGUUCCUCGAAAUGACAAAAGAAGACUCAGAUUAUGAAGACAAAGUUCGAAAUUUCUUAGAAGAAACUGCACAGUACAAACGUAACCGCAAAAUGCAAGAGCUAGGACAGCAACCACAACCUGGCGCCGAACAUGACAAGAAAAAGAAGAAGAAAAAGGAUAAGAAAAAGAAAAAGGAGUCCAAGAGGAAGAGAAAGGAGCAAGAAAGAGAAGACAAACGAAAAGCAAAGUUGGCGCGUUCUGCUGUCAAUAACUCAGAAUACAGCUUACGAGAUUUGGAGAGCAUAGGAGACAAGAAACUGAGGGAUGCUAUCAGAAAAGAAUUGAAAGGAAAAUCUAAGAGAGAUCUCAGUUCUGAUGGAGAGUAUGAAAGAAAACACAGUGAUAAAAGGUUGUUAGAUGACAUGCCAGGCUUGGAAGAAUUGGAAUCAAAACUUAGUGCUUAUCAUGUUAUGGUGGAGAAAGAAGUAUUGGGAAAGCGUGACGGACGCAACUCGGUGAGCCCUAUUGACCAGGCUCCGCCGCCGCCACUUGAAAAGCCCAAGUGGAAAAUGUCCAUGAAUGCCGUGAAGGAAACGGUUAAGAAGAAAGACACACCAGUACAAAAGGGCUACAAAGAGCGCUAUGCAUUCGAGGACAGCUCGGAUGAUUCGCAAGAGCCAUCCAAGCCGUCGCCUUCGAGUGGGGACAAAAACGUAUCGGUGCGACGUGCGAUGGCAAUGAAGGAGGCUCCCCCACUGCCGAGUGCGCCGCCGCCUAGCAAGUCGCGGGAACCCGACCCACCAGGCACUGAGCCCUCUCACCACCAACAUCACUCUCAUCCCCCGGUGCGCAAAGGCAAUAUAGUGCUAGACAAGUUUGGUUCGUUCCGAUUGGCGCAGGAGGGCGAAACCCCCGUCUCUGUUGGCGACGGGCGGCCGGAACAGUUCGUGACGCGCAUCAAGCCGCCAUCGCCGUCGGGACGCCGGCCCCGCUCGCCGCCCUCGCCCCGCAGGCACUCCUCCAAUUCUUCGGAAGAGGAUCGACGCUCCCCCAAAAGGUCCAGAAGCAGAUCGCGGCCGCGCAAGUACCGCUCAAGGUCCGGAUCCCGGUCUCGGUCGGCGUCGAGCGGCAGCGCGUCGCCGGCAUCGCGCAGGCGCCGCUCGCCCUCGCCCCGCUCCCGCUCCCGCUCCGACGCGAGCCGCUCGUACUACUCUAGAAGCCGGUCGCGCUCGCGAUCUGGCUCCAGAGACAGGAAUCGCCGUUUCAACCGGCGCGGCAACUGGCGGGGCCGCGGCGGCUUCGAGCGCGGCACCUACUACCGGCCGCGCUUCCACACGUACAACGGGAACAGCCGCGGCCGCGGACGGGGCGGCGGCGACUUCAGGCGCGACGACGGCAGGCGCUUCCAGCACGAGUGGCGCGACAACCGCUCGCGCGGCGGACGCCCCUUCAGGCCGCGCAGGGGCGGCGGCGGCAGGGGCAGGCCGUUCAGGGGCGGUUUCCGUGACUUCCGCGAUAGAAGGGGUGGACGAUAUUCUCGUUCAAGAAGCCCCGACAGAACACGUCGCUCCAGAUCUUACAGCCCCGAAAGACGCGAUAAAGACAGGGAUAGCUACUCUCGUUUAUCUGAACGCAACAGCCACCGCAGUGAAGGAGAGUAUGAGGAGGAAAGAUAUGUCGACAGGAAGGAGUACGACGGCAAGUGGGCCGACGGUAACGAGCCCGAAAGAAACCAUGCUGAAGAAAAGUCCACCGAAGAAGCGCCCAAAGAA